AUGCAAGACAGAAAGCAACACCCCGCCAAGCGGCUGCACCAUCAUCUUCGUCCUCGGCCCCCAGGCAGCGGCAAGGGCACACUCUGCAAGCGCAUCACCGAGACGCCCGACCUGUCCAGCCACGGCUUCCGCCACCUCUCAGUCGGGGACUGCCUGCGCGAGCUUGCCGGGCUCGAGGCGCUCUGCGAAGCCCAGAGCUUCGACCACGAGAGAAUCCUGGAGAGCGUGACGAAGAACAAGCUGCUUCCCUCCGAGGUGCUCAUCCCCGUGCUCGAGCACAAGAUCGCCUCGACGACGCCGAGCGGCGAUAGCGGUGCUACUGCGUGGCUGAUCGAUGGGUUUCCGCGCAGCCUUGAGACUGCGUUGACGUUCGAGGAGAAGAUCGGCCGGCCGGUGAGGAUCGUGACUCUCGAGUGUGCGCGCGAAAAUGCGCGCAGUCGGUUCCUGAAUCGCGGUAGGGAGAAGGCCGACGAUCGCGAACGCUUUGAUAGGCGGUUCGAUGAGUACGUCGUGAACAUGGAGGCCAUUCGUGAGCACUACGGAGGCAUCACCGAUGCGAUUAGCGUGGAUGGAACCCGUGAGGAAUGCUUCGAAGAGUUCGUGCAUUUGUUGACGGCGAAGCCAAAGGACGGCUAG